AUGUCACGAUUAGAUCGAUUAGUAUUACUCUUAGAUACUGGCUCUUCGGCUUUUGUGCGCAAUACUGCUGCUGACCAACUUGCAGAUGUUCAAAAAGCUCAUCCUGAAGACCUCCUCAACUUACUCGGAAGAGUCUUCCCUUAUAUGAAGUCAAAAAAAUGGGAUACGAGAAUUUCAGCUGCUCGUGCUCUUGGCGGAAUCGUCGCAAAUUGUCCCAAGUGGGACCCAAAUAACGAAGAGCCGGAUGUAAAGCUUGACUCGGAGACUUCUAAUGGAUCCCAACUCAUAAAAUCCGAAAAAGAUGAAAAACCAAUUAAAUCAGAAACUUCUGACCUAGAAAUCAAAUCUGAGCCUUCUGAUACUGUAAUCAAACAAGAAGACUCUACUACUUUCCUACCAACUGUCGUCAAGCAAGAAGAUUCUGAAAAAUCCACUUCCUCUUUAAAACCCCAAGAUGAUUUACCAGAUACAAUGUUUUCUUUUAAAACUUUUGACCUGAAGAAAAUCAUUAAAAAGGGGAAAAAACUCGUUGCUUCUGCUGGAAGCGAGUACGACCAACCUAUCGGUGAUACAGAUUCCAUUGACCAACUUCGCCGCCAAAAAAUGGACUUGAAACGUCGUCUUGGUCUUGGAAAUGAGUAUAUAGAUGAUGAGAUUUUAAAUGAUUCUGACCUUGCUCACCCUAUCCCUAAAUCAGCUUCGCCUGCUGCUUCCCCCGUCGUUGGAAUCACCACUGAUAAACCAAAGAGACCUUCCUCUCGUUCCAAAAAUAAUUCUUCUCCUGCUCCAAAAUCUGGCAGGGCUACCCCAGAACAAUCUCAGCAUGGUAAUUCUCCUGCUUCUUCUUCUUCUUCUUCUUCUUCUUCUUUUUCUUCUGCUGGUACUGCCGCUGCCACUGCCACGGCUGCUCAUCCAGCACCAGAUCAUGUUUCCGCUUCAAAUGCACGACUCCGUGCCAUGGCCCGCCGGAAAGCUAAAAAUGAUGCUAAACAUAACCAAAAUAAGGUUCGUGUCGUGGACCUGGCCGCUAGUUCGGCUGCUCGUCGCAUGGACCAAGAAAGCCCUGCGCCUUCAGCUGUCAAAAUGCAACAGGAUGGAAGCGAGUGGACUACAACUGAACAAGGACACAAUGACAAGGUUGUCAUUGAGCACAAGGCUCCUAAGACUUCUCCCCUUCUCCAAAUGGAGGGCUCAGCCGGCCGCGUUUGGCCAUUCGAGGGUAUUUGUGAGCUUCUCAUGAUUGAUCUUUUUGACGCUGUCUGGGAGGUCCGCCACGGUGCUGCGCUGGGCCUGCGUGAAGUCAUCAAGGUCCACGGCGCUGGCGCUGGCAGAGUCAUUGGCAAGUCUCGCAUAGAAAAUGAUGAGCGCAAUAGAGCUUGGCUCGAGGAUCUUUCCUGCCGUCUCUGCUGCAUCUUUGCACUCGAUCGUUUUGGUGACUAUGUUGCAGAUCAAGUGGUUGCCCCUGUCCGCGAAUCUGCCGCUCAAACUUUAGGUGCCCUUCUUUUACAUCUCCCUGAUUCUGUCAUUAAAAGCACUUUUGACGUUUUAACUCGUCUAGUUCUUCAAACUGAUUUGGAUCUGCCUGCCCCACUUUGGGAGGCUUGCCAUGGUGGCAUGCUUGGUCUUCGUUACCUUGUUUCUGUUCGUAAUGACAUUUUAUUCAAGAGUUCAGAUUAUCUUGACGGCCUUAUUGCAUGCGUAAUUCAUGGCCUUAAGGAAUCUGAUGAUGAUGUUCAAGCUAUGAGUGCUGCUACUCUCAUUCCAAUCUCAAACGAGUUUGUUACUCUCCGUUCCAAAACUAUCCCAGCGCUACUCGAUGUUCUCUGGGGCUGUUUGGCAGAGCUUAGAGACGAACUUAGUGCCAGUAUUGGUAACGUCAUGGAUCUUCUCGCCAAGCUAAGUGAGUAUCCUCAGGUUCUUGAAAUCAUUAAAGAAAAUGCGGAACAUGAUCCCUCCAAAUCCUUUUCCAUGUUAGUUCCUCAUCUCUCUCCAUUUUUGCGUCAUUCAAUCACAAACGUUCGGAAAUCUGUUUUGCGUGCCCUUUUAACUUUUUUGGCUAUUGAUGGCCCUGGUACCAAGGACUGGAUCAAUUCCAUUGUUUUACGUCUUGUUUUCCAAAAUCUCCUUGUUGAGCAAAAUGAAGACGUUUUAAAUCUUUCUCUUAACCUCUGGAAUGCUCUCUUGGACCAUUCCAUCGAACAUUCUCCAAACGGUACAUACAGCAUUACAAAACUUUUAGGGCCUCAUGCAAAGUCUUUACUUAUAUUGUUAAUGACCCCUAUUGGUGCCUCUAGAACAUCAUACAAGAUGGAUACAACUCUCAUGAUUAAACCUACCGGUGCCCCGCUCACCCUUCCUGUUUCCAAUGGCAAUGGUUCAGAUUCCAAAUCUACAAAUAAGCGUAAACGUCGCACCACCACACCUGCUGCUCCAAAAGAAUCCUCAAUCCCGGUUUCUUUUGAGGUCAACAUCGAUAGCCCCAUUCUCAAGGGCGAUGUCACACUUAUCGGGUUCUCCACUUUCCUCCGCACUAGAAUUGCGUCUUCAAAAGCUUAUGGCCGUUUGAUUGCAAUGUGGGAGCCUUCUGAAGUUUCAUCUCUCUUUGUUUUUAACAAGUACAUCUUUUCCACCUUUUCUACCCAGCGUCUUUUAACUGGUGUUAUUCUCGAAGAGUAUGGCCGAUCACUUUCUCCUGAAAUGACUCAAAACCCUAGCCAUGUUCAGUACAAGAAUGUCAAUAUCGAACUUUUCACCUCCAUUCUUAAUAAUGACCAACCCAUCCCCAUGUAUAGAGAUUUUGUUCCUUACCUCAAGGCUGUGCGCACCCAGUGUCUCACUCUCUUCAGUGUCUUUGUUGACUCCGCCAAGUUAUCUGCUAAUAAGAUUCCUCAGCUUGCUGUUGUUGUUCAAGGCGAAGCUGAAGCUGGUCCUGAGUCUUUUAGCAUUGACACUGCUCAAUCUGUUGCCACUGUUACUUAUGACAAGCUUCGCCGGUCGCUUUCUGCUGGAUACCGUAUCACAUAUGCAAAAGUGCUGGAUGAUGCUCACCGAAAUCUUCUUCAUUCUAUUCAAGAAGCCCAUGAUGCUAAAUCCUCUCGCGACAUUAGCAUAUUUUCAGCGGUUGCUGCAGCAUAUGUCAGCUUUAACACUCUUCCAAAGAAACUUAAUCCUAUUAUCCGCAGUCUUAUGGACAGCGUCAAAGCUGAGGAACACCGCCAGCUUCAAUUGCGUGCUGCCUCUUCCAUUUCCCGUUUGGUAACUAUGUUUGUUGACAUGGGCAAGACUGGUGCUUCCGACAAGAUUGUCAAGAACCUUUGCUCAUUUCUUUGUGUGGACACUUCCGAGGUACCUGAGUUUCACCCCAAUCAACUCUUCUUGGAUAAAAUUUUGUCUCUGCGCAAGGAAGAAGCCAAGUCUGACCCUGCCGACAUUAUUGCGCAUCAGCGUGAAGUUCACGCGGCAAAGAUUAAGCGCCUGGGUGCUCAGACUGCUUUGGAAAACAUGACACGCCAUUAUGGCUCACAAGUUUUCAACAAACUGCCCAAGCUCAAGGAGUGCAUGUUUAAUGCUCUUCCAGAUGCCGAUUAUAACAUUACUCAGCUGCCACCUGAUAUCGAGGAUUCUGAGUCCACUUAUGGCCAAGACAUUAUUGACGCCUUGUCAGUAAUUCGUGCUUUACUUCCAUUCGUUGACCCUUCUCUGCAUGAUGACUUUAAGCCAAUCUUCCCUCUUAUCCAAAAGAUUCUUACAGUUAAGUACUCUGUUCUUAGAUAUGCAGCUGCUAAGUGCUUUGCUUCUAUUUGCAGCGUCAUGCCCAUCACUGGUAUUACUUUCCUUGUAGAGAACAUUCUCUCCAUGGUUUCUAAUGCUCUUGAAAUUUACUCUCGCCAGGGUGCUAUUGAAUGCAUUUACCAUCUUACUGCCACAAUGGGAUCUGAUAUUCUUCCCUACGUUGUCUUCUUGAUUGUUCCUGUUUUGGGUCGCAUGAGUGAUGCUGAUCAAGAUAUUCGUUUACUGGCUACAACUACAUUUGCUUCAAUCAUCAAGCUUGUUCCUCUUGAGUCUGGUAUUCCUGAUCCUCCAGGAAUGUCGGGAAAGCUUUUGGAAGGAAGAGACCGUGAGCGGGAGUUUAUUUCUCAAAUGCUUGAUGUCAGCAAAGUUCAAACGUUUAAACUUCCUGUUGCUAUCAAGGCCAGUCUUCGAUCUUACCAGCAGGAAGGUGUUAAUUGGCUUGCCUUUCUCAACAAGUACCACCUUCAUGGUAUUUUAUGUGAUGAUAUGGGUCUUGGUAAAACUCUUCAAACAAUUUGCAUAAUUGCCAGUGACCACCAUCUUCGCGCUGAGGAACAUGCAAAAUCACAUUCUCCAGAAUCGCGACGGUUGCCAUCCAUUAUCAUUUGCCCGCCUACUCUUACUGGCCACUGGAUGCAUGAGUUUAACACUUAUGCUCCAUUUAUCAAGUGUUUAUGCUACGUCGGGCCUCCUAAUGUUCGUCAAAAGCUCAUCCCCACUUUCAAUGAUUACGACGUUGUCAUCACCUCGUAUGAUAUUACCAGAAAUGAUAUUUCUCACAUUAACCAACAAAACUGGAACUACUGCACCCUCGAUGAAGGCCAUAUUAUCCGCAAUGCGUCUUCCAAGCUUACUCAAGCUGUCAAAAAGCUUAUUGCAAACCACAGACUUAUUCUUUCUGGUACUCCUAUUCAAAACAACGUUUUGGAACUUUGGUCGCUCUUUGACUUUUUAAUGCCUGGAUUUUUGGGUACUGAAAAGGUUUUCAAUGAGCGCUUUGCUAAACCUAUUGCAGCGAGUCGUAAUAGUAAGAGCUCUUCCAAAGAACAGGAGGCUGGUGCCUUGGCUCUUGAGGCGCUCCAUAAGCAAGUACUUCCAUUUUUGCUGCGUCGUCUUAAGGAAGACGUUUUAUCUGACUUGCCACCAAAGAUUAUCCAGGAUUACUACUGUGAGCUUAGUGAUUUGCAAAAGCAAUUAUAUGAAAGCUUUGCCAAAAAACAGAAACCUUCGGUUUCCUCUGAGGUUGGAUCAAAGGAGGGCAAGCAGCACAUUUUCCAGGCUCUACAGUACAUGCGCAAGUUGUGUAACCACCCUGCUCUUAUUAUGAACCCCAAGCAUCCUCAAUACCAAUUGGUUAUGCACCAGCUACAAGCACACCACGAUAAUAUUCGCUCCAUUCAGCAUGCUCCUAAGCUUCUUGCUCUUCAAGAACUGCUCAAGUCGAGUGGCAUUGGUGUCAAUAAUAACGAUGCGGUUGCUACGACUAACGGAAGCAAUAGCAGCGUUGUUGCUAACCAAUUGAAUGAGCUCAAUGCCGGUGUAACUUCGCAGCAUCGUGCUUUGAUUUUCUGUCAGCUCAAGGAUAUGUUGGACAUUGUGGAGAACGAUUUGCUCAAGAAAUACAUGCCAUCAGUAACAUACAUGCGUCUUGACGGUAGCAAGGAUGCUCGUAUUCGUCACGAAAUUGUGCAAAAGUUUAAUAGUGAUCCUUCUAUCGAUGUUUUAUUGCUGACAACUCACGUUGGUGGUCUCGGUUUGAACUUGACGGGUGCUGACACUGUUAUUUUUGUUGAGCACGAUUGGAAUCCUAUGAAUGACUUGCAGGCCAUGGAUCGUGCGCAUCGUAUUGGUCAGAAGAAGGUGGUCAAUGUUUAUCGUCUAAUUACGCGCGGUACACUGGAGGAGAAAAUUAUGGGUCUGCAAAAGUUUAAGCUUAACAUUGCAUCAACUGUCAUUAACCAGCAAAACUCUGGACUGGCGUCCAUGGACACGGACCAGUUGCUGGAUCUGUUUGAGACGGAUGCAAGUAUUGAAGGCAUAGGCAAGGGUGGAGCUGGAGGGGCUGGCGAUGAUGAAGGUGCUCUUGACGAGACGGGCCAGAUUAAGGGCAAAGGAGCCAGUAAUCCUAUUGGCGAGCUUGGAGAGCUCUGGGAUGAGAAGGAUUACGAGGAGGAGUACAAUUUGGACAAUUUCAUUCAAAAUCUUAAAGUAUAG